CACUGAUAGGCGACACUGACUGGCAUUGUUAGGUGGCACUUACUGACACUGAUAGGUGGCAUGAAAGGCAGCUCAGAUGGGCACUGAUAUGUGGCAUUCAUGUGCACUGGUAGGCACUGAUAUGUGGCAUUGAUGUGGCACUGGCAGGUGGCACUGAUGGGCAGUGACAGGUGGCAUUGAUGGACACUGACAGGUGGCACUGCUGGGGCUACACUGAUCAUCAGGGCACACUGAUCAUCAGUGCCCUGAUGAUCAGUGUACAUGUCCCCUCUGACGUGACAGCUCAUGAGGAGAGAAAUGCUGAUAACCGGCAUUUCCCUAUUUACAUGCGAUCAGCUGUG